CACAACUCCUUAAGUUAUUCCUCUGGUUUCUAACCACCCAUCGCGUUCAAGGUUGCGGGUAGCGUAAUACUUAAACCGCGCGGCGGGUAGGAGAGAGAGACGGACACGACGUUAAGAGCCCGCAUGCGCAAAAAUCAUAAUCACGCUGGUCUGUGUAAGAAAGCGCGAGAAGUUGUUUGUGUGAACUGAAUUUUGUUUUGUUUUUUAUUUAUGGCGGGAAAAGAAGAUCGAGGGGCGUGUCUAUUCGUCGGGAGUUGCUACGCGCAUGCGUGACAGUAGCGUAUCGAUUGCGCUGGACGAGAGAGAAGACGCAAGAUGUCAAUUCAGGAAGCAAAAGAGCAGCGUCUGGGCAGGUGGGAAGCUGCCCCCAGGGGAAGGGGAAUAAAUCAGUACCAGAGUUCCACUGUUCUGCGCUGGUCAGAUGUUAUUUGGAAUACUGUGUUGAAUUCUGAGCACUGCACUUUAGGAAGGACACAGAUAAACUGGAACAGUUUCAGAGGAGAGCAGCAAAGAUGAUGAAGGAUCUGGAAACCAAGUCCUAUGAGGAAGAGUGGAGAGAGCUGGUGAUAUAAGCAAUAUGCAGUUGAUCAGUGAUGAGAACAAAGAGAAGGGUCAGCUGACAACAGCAGCAGAAAGCUGUUUUGAUCUCAAGAAAGAAGGUAUUGCGACUAUUGCAGAAAAUCCAAUUCAGCAUAAAGAGGAUGGAUCAAUUGUGCCUUUAGGUGCUUCCCUAUCUCACAAAGCUGUUCCAAAAGGAUGGGAGAAGAUAAUAAAGCAAAGGCGGUCUGGCAAAACUGUAGGAAAAUUUGACAUUUAUUUUAUGAGUCCUCAAGGAAUGAAGCUCAGAUCUAAACGUGCUCUUUUGGAUUACUUUAAAAAGAAUGGAGAGACUGUUCUUAAAUUAGUGGAUUUUGAUUUUACUGCUCCUCCUGCUCAGAAGACUAUACAAUCAAGAACACAAGGAUCUAGCACAGGAACUGAGUGGUCAGAAGUACAGAAUGACAACUCUCCUAGCCAUAUUCUAGAUCUCGGAUUGCAACAUUGUGAAGGGGAACAUCUGCAAAAUAAUACUUUGGAAUUGCAAAUUAAUGAUGUAACGUUGGAUAAAAAUUCCAUCUGUUUGCAGGAUGGUCCCACUAUUGAUGCUAAAUCAAAGGACUGUUGUUUUAAACCUCAAGAAAAUGGUACAGUUGGAAGAAAGAUUCAGAUUAGGAAAGCUAGAAACAAGUCAGAUACUAGGAAUUUGGAUGGUGAGCAAAAGAAAAGACAGACAAAACGGCCACCUAAAAAACAAGGAACUGUGAAUGCUAAAAAAACUGAACAAAAAGAAGAAAUAUGUGCUUUUAACAGUGAUGGUAUUGGAGAGCAGAAAGUGUGCUGGAGAGCCUCAAGAAAAAGGAAAAUAGCCUUGAAAGAUGAGCUUCUGGUUUCUAAACCAAAGUUGGAGGUGCCUGUUAAACCAGUUGCAGCUAUCUCAGAAUACAAGUCAAGAGCAGAAGUUUUAAAAUGUGGUGAGGGAUCUAGUAGUGUAGCCACUGUAGAACCAGUUGAUCUACAUAUUCCAGAACUGGAAGAGCUGAAAAAUGAGGUGCCUUCAGAGAGCCAAGAUUCAAAGUUUGCUCCCAAGGUGGACAUUAAUGCUUCACAAAUGUGUGAAGAGAAAAGUUUAACAUCAGUAAAAGAGGACCAUGGUCGAAGAACCCAAGUGGAACGAAGAAAAACCAGCCCAUAUUUUUCAAUUAAAUUAAUCAAAGAAGCUCCAAGCCCACCUAGAAGGAAGGCCUUUCGAAAAUGGACUCCACCUCGUUCUCCUUUUAACUUGAUCCAAGAAACACUUUUUCAUGAUCCAUGGAAGCUUCUGAUUGCAACCAUAUUUCUGAAUAGGACCUCAGGCAAGAUGGCCAUCCCUGUACUGUGGGAAUUCUUGAAGAAAUACCCUUCACCUAAAGUAGCAAGAACUGCCAACUGGAAGGAAAUGUCAGAACUGCUUAAACCUCUUGGCCUGUAUGAACUCAGAGCAAAGACCAUCAUCAAAUUCUCAGAUGAGUAUUUGGUCAAACAGUGGAAGUAUCCUAUUGAGCUGCAUGGGAUCGGAAAAUAUGGAAACGAUUCUUACAGGAUCUUCUGUGUCAAUGAGUGGAAAGAGGUACAGCCACAAGACCAUAAGCUGAAUAUUUAUCAUGCCUGGCUUUGGGAAAACCAUGAAAAACUGAAUCUUAAUUAAUAAAUCAUUCUGUUCAAGCACAUCCAACUCAGCUUUUAGUAGCCUGCCUUUUCUACUCUUCCUUUUCGGUUACUAUAAAUAUAAACAUUCCUUUUCACGUACAUAUUUAUAUGAGCUUUAGACACUGUAUUAAAUUGUAGUGUUUAUGUACUAAAUCAUUGUAAUUAAAUGUGAUUAAAAGCAGUUUUAACAUA